AUGGGUCAAGAGGAACUAUUCAACACGGCUUCCUGCGCAAACGAUAUAUUUACUGCAACCAUAAGCGCGGAUUUAAAGCGAAAUGUCAGCCCGGGUCUAGUCGACACAAUUGGGAAGAUGGAAAUUGACGCUUCGAUCCAGGGCCCUCCAGCUUCGAUACCUGAGGAUGCAUUUGAUGAGGCGGAUGACUCUUCAGAUCAAUCCCCAGCUACAUCUCCCCUUCAUAUUUCUGAUCCAAAACCAUCGGCACCACGGAGGAAAACUACCCGUCAGUCCAAGAACUCUGAACCAACCCCACGAAAAUCGCAGCCCAAAACCCCAAAAAAGAAGGUGCCUGACCCCAAGGCAGAAGCUCUACUCAAAAAGAAGUGUGAGAAUGCACAAAAAUGGCGACAAACCCAAAAGGCGCUGCGGGAACGACUUCCGAAACUAGAAGCCGAGGUUGAGCUGUUUAAGCGAAAAAAUGAAGCCCUGGAAACGGAAGUGAUGUUGAAGAAUAUGAAGAUGGAGGAACUGGAGCUGCAGAUCAGGGACCUUCAUCGUAAAAAUGGCAGCUUAUUGGCCACGUGUGAUGUACUGCAACAGAGACUGCUCAGCAUCCACCCACCCCUCAUGCCCAACAUGACAACAUACACAACUCUUUCA